GGAAUCCGUCUACGUUUGCUUACACGAUGUUCUCAACUAAGCAACGUGACAUCUAUCGCUUUUCAUGUAAAGCUUUGAUGUCAUUACUUACUUCAAAUACAUAGUUGACUCCUGAUUACUGCUUUUUCAACAAGAUUGAAGAUAUGCCACUGCCUCUUCUUGUUCUGCCUUGCUCACCUUAUGAUGACAAACUCAAGAAGUCUUUCAUAUACCAACUGUCACUUCAUGUUGACAUAAACAGAGAGCUGUCGCCGACUGUUUCACCACCGAUCAUUGUGAUAUUCCGGCCUCAAGGCAGACCGAGCGAUGAAUUUGAUGGCGUGGUUCAACCUUUCCUUGUCAUAGGUAAUUCUAACUGUAGGAACAUUAUUCUCUUCACUGCCUUUGCCACGUCACUGCGGUAUGGCCGGGGUUUCACUCCAGAUUGUGUAUCACGCUUUAAGUACACGGACAAACUCUUUAUAACGUCUGGACAUCUUGAUACACAAGUCAACAAGUCCACAUUUGAAAGACUUGGGGCUAUCCUUGUGAACGAAUAUGAAUUUAAGCAGGUUACUGAUGACCAAUCACAACUAGGCGAUUCUACUAGAAGUGAUGCUAACAGCCAAGUGGACAAAGGCAAAUCUGCUGGAAGAGAUGCUGACAGCCAAGUGGACAAAGGCAAAUCUACUGGAAGUGAUGCUGACAGCCAAGUGGACAAAGGCAAAUCUGCUGGAAGUGAUGCUGACAGUCAAGUGGACAAAGGCAAAUCUGCUGGAAGUGAUGCUGACAGCCAAGUGGACAAAGGCAAAUCUGCUGGAAGUGAUGCUGACAGUCAAGUGGACAAAGGCAAAUCUGCUGGAAGUGAUGCUGACAGUCAAGUGGACAAAGGCAGAUCUACUGGAAGUGAUGCUGACAGCCAAGUGGACAAAGGCAAAUCUGCUGGAAGUGAUGCUGACAGCCAAGUGGACAAAGGCAAAUCUACUGGAAGUGAUGCUGACAGCCAAGUGGACAAAGGCAAAUCUGCUGGAAGUGAUGCUGACAGUCAAGUGGACAAAGGCAAAUCUGCUGGAAGUGAUGCUGACAGCCAAGUGGACAAAGGCAAAUCUGCUGGAAGUGAUGCUGACAGUCAAGUGGACAAAGGCAGAUCUACUGGAAGUGAUGCUAACAGCCAAGUGGACAAAGGCAAAUCUGCUGGAAGAGAUGCUGACAGCCAAGUGCAUAAAGGCAAAUCUGCUGGAAGAGAUGCUGACAGUCAAGGGCACAAAGGCAAAUCUACUGGAAGUGAUGCUGACAGUCAAGUGGACAAUGGCAAAUCUGCUGGAAGUGAUGCUGACAGGCAGGUGGACAAAGUCAAAUCUACUGGAACUGAUGCUAACAGCCAUGUUGACAGAAACUACUCUGCUAGAAGGUGUGCUGGUGGUCAAGUGGACAGAGAUCACUCUACUGUAAGUAAGGCCAACAGCCAGGGGGAGAGAGGCCACUCUACGGGAAGAGAUGCCGACAGCCAUGUGGACAACGCCCUUUCUUCCAGAAAAGAUGUCAAAGCGGGCAAAGCGCACUUCACUGUAAGUGAUGCCACAGGCCAAUUGGACAACGGCAGCUCUGAUCCAAAUUCCGAAACAGGAACCAUUUGCAAUCUCGGUGACAUUAACAGAUUACGGAUGAUACGGCAAGAAAUGGAGAGAGGAACAACUGACUUGAAAGGCAAGGUGGAGAAAAGGUCUGCGUUACAACCAUGGAUACGGAUAAUACUUGAAGCCGUGAUGGAAUAUCUCUUCCCUAGGCAGGAGGCUGCAGAUACUUCGGAGAUGAGGGGAAGAUCUCCACCUCUGUCCGGAGACGAUAUGGCCAGCACAAUAGAGGAUCGACUGGUGCUGGAAAAAGGCUCCCUUAAUAAGGAGUCAAGGCAUAACCCUUGUGUACAUUUAGGAACUGGAUGCAACCAAAAUGUCGAUGACAUAGACAGAUUAAGGAUGAUUAAGGAUGAUAUGAAGACAAAGACAACUGAUUUGCAACUGAGGGUGGAGACCAAGUUAAAGUUGCGAGCAGGAAUACUACCUAGAAUACUUGAUAAGGUCCUGAUACAUCUGGAACAGGAACGAGAGGCUGCAGCAACUGCAGAGAUAAGGGAAAGACCUCCGCCUCUGCUUAGCGUCGACGUGGCCGGCAAGAUAGAGAAGCAACUAGGACUGGAUGAAGGAUCAGUUAAUAAGAUCAUAACAUCUCUGCUAAAGGUGAAGCCAGAAGUGAGCAAAUGGAAUAUCCCUGGCAGAGUGAAGAACUGGUGGAAUGAGAGACGCUGAAGAAAGUCUUGGGGGAGUUGUUGUGAAGAAGUUUCAUAUGACGCCUCCACGUGCGCAGCUUGUAGGCAAAAGGUUUAGGCAGUGGAACUAAAUGAACAUGAGUGUGCGAACUGGUUGAAGCGAUAUACAUAAAGAACGUAGUUGUCUUAUCCAGCAACUUUCAAGGACAUUUGCAGCAGGUUAGGCGAAUGUUAUGCACCCAUCCAUAAUCUCAAAUACCUAGUGAAAUAGUCAUCAAAGUUCCACUAUUUUCAGGCAGCAGACUCUACAUAUGAGGUUUUAUAUAUCACACAAGACUGGAUAUACUUUAGGCUCGGUCAGGCAAAAGCAAGCGAAGCUAUAUAUCAUGUGAGACUGUAAAUAAGGUUGAAUGUUGAAAUGUGAGUUUGUAAUAUUGACCUAAUGCUAAUAUUUACUUUGUACGUAUAAGCUUUGUUAAAGAGGAAGGCCGAUUAUCGUUCAGAGUUUAGAGAACAAUGUAGUGUUAUUGUUUUGUUUUGUUUUAUUUUUGUAUGUACGUAAGCAUAACUCAUCUGUGCUUUACAUUCUGUUAUAAGGCUUAAUAUAUGUUGAGGAUAACAUGUGAUGCUUGCAAACACAUAGAGUGAAUAAGCACCUUUACACUAUAUUCUAAUCAUUCAUUUCAACUUAAACUCGCCUUAAACAGGUGAAACUCAAGAGGAUGUAGAAAUGACAACCAAUGGAUAUUGAUCCACUACCCACGAAUCCAGGAACAACGGAUCCCAGCACAACUACAAUUUAAUUUUAUUUCACACAAAUGAAUUAAAUUCAAUGUGUGUACAAAUAAGAAAAAACAUUGUUAUACACUCUAUACUGUCUAAGAUUUGAGUAAAGCGUGAAUCCUAUAUUCUCGAACAAGAAAAUGUUGCCAGACAUCUAGAUUCCUGCAUAUUGUACCACAAGGUUGCCAUUGAAGAAAAACUGUAAAUAUAUUGCAAUAGUUGUUGUUAUCGUUGCCCAUGUCAUCUAGCAGGAAGUGAAGUGUCGGAAAGUAAAUACUUGACAGCUCAUGUUGAUGAUAGAAUACUGUAGUACGGCACCAUUGUAAGAAACUGAUACUGUAGCCAAUUGUUGAGCUUAGGCCUUCAUACACUGAAUAAUUUCAUCCGUAUUGAAGAGUGCUUUUGUGACAACUUUUUAUCUCAUCAACCAGAAAAUACAGAUAAA